AUGGAGCCACAGUUGAUGAAAGACCAGGUUUGCGAUCAGUGCAUAGAGCACAUGGAAGACAUCAUUGCCCCCCUUCGGAAAAGUUCCGCAGAGGAAGAGGUGAAAAGCAUAUUGCGAGAAGGCUGUGAAAAGAUCAGGGACCAAGAGAUCUCGCAGCAUUGUCAAGCUUUUGUGGAUAAUGAGUGGUCUGUAACAAUUAAGCUCCUUCAAGAAGAUGUGGAAUUCGCUGUGCUCUGUACGGCCCUCAGUUUGUGCCAGCCCCUUCAGGUCGAACCCACGCCCGAAAACGUGUCGGAUUCAGUCAAUUCCUCGCCAGUUUCCAACGGGACGGGGAAACGUUCCAAGGGACUAUUUCCGAGAGCACUACCUGCCAUGACUUGUCGAAUGUGCGAGACGUUCAUGGAUCGCCUCCACGCAGAGUGGGACAGAGGGAGGAAAGGUGACGUCCUGAUGAAGGUUGCAUGCCAAUUGCCUACUGACAUCCCCAAAAUGGUGUGCAAAAAGUUUGUCAAUUCUCACAUGGGCAAGAUCAAGACGGUGCUGGAGAAUCCAGAGGAUCGGGAUCUGUGUGGGACAGAGCUUGACAUCCCUACCCAGCAUUCCUCAAAGCAGACGCUUUUGGCAGUGGCUCGCUCGGAAGCGAAUGGGGAGCCAGGGUCCCAGCUGCUGUCAGAACCGCGAAGGCCCUCCGACCUCAAAGAUGCCGCACACAACGCUGUGCUCACGGCAAGAUGUUAUCGGGCUCCCGAGCUCCAGGGUAAGGUGCCAAGUGCGGCUCCCGAACUGCGGGCCUACCUCAGGCCUCAGGCCUUAGGCCUCAGGCUGUUCGCCACUCGGCCUUUCCGCCUCCAUCUGGAAUCUCCGUCGGCCGGAUCACAGGAAGGGCUUACGGUUUAG